AUGAUGAAGAUGAACCGUGUGAUGUGUGUGUUGGCCGUUCUGCUGUGCAUCGCCUGCGGGUAUGCCAUGGCGGCUUCUGCUGAGGUUAAGGACAAUAAGAGCAUUUCGGUCAGAGAAGAACCAGACUCAAAAGAUCUGCCAGAAAAACGAGAAGACCAAGUGGAGAACCCAGAUUUGAAGGAAGAUGAAGAAGAGAAAGAAGAAGAUCCAGAUUCAGAAGGACCUCCCAAGGAUCCAGAAGAACUGCCAGACCAAACUCUCCCAGAUGGAACUGACCCCACACCUGAUCCUGAGAAACCUGAAGAAGACAAUGAAAGCCCAGACGUAACCGACCCUACUCUUGAUCCCGAAAAACCUGAUGAAGACAAUGGAAACCAAGAUGGGGAUAACAAAGAAACCCCUGCUCCUGAGAACACCGACAAACCAUCAACACAAGAACCCACUUCCACUAAUGCACCAAGCAACGACGAGCAGAAGCCGGGCGAUGCUGACAGCAGUUUCAGCCCUGUGUGGAUGCGCACUGCAGCACCUCUGCUGAUUGUGGCUGCGUUGGUAUUGUAA